GAACUACAUAAUAAAAUGGAAAGGUUAUGUGAAAAUUAUGUUUUUUUAAUUAGGUUUGAAAAUUUUCCUUUUGUUUGCAUUUGCGCAUCCUCCCAUGUAUCAGUAUCAUAUAUCAGUAUUAUGGCGUCCUGUACGGUGGUUGGAUAUUCUUUCUAAUCUUCGUAUAUCAAAUGGAAGACAGUUUUUCUCCUGCAAAAUAUUCUGCUUUAAUAUUUCGAUUAUCAUCAGAGAAUUAAAUAUACGCACCAAAACACUUCCAGAUGCUAUAGAAUUAACAGAUAAUACAGUUGAAAGUAAUAUAAAUGAAGAAGCAGAAGAAAGAAUUGAGGUUGCUUCAGUUAACAUUGUUUCAACUAGUCCUGAAAUAGAUCAAAUUAAAAACAUUUCAACUAAAAACUUAAAUGAAGAUAACAGUAUUACAAACAAGGAAAAAUUACAUUCAUCAUUAAAGGUUAUUGAUUUAGUUCAAGAGGAGAUGGAGACUGUUUGGAACAAAGAUGUUAAUGUACCUAGUUCGUUGUUUCCAAAUUCUCAGUCUUUGGUUGUGCAAAGACUGGGUGAGCAGGAGAGGAUAAAUAUGACUUUGGCGGAGAGUAUUGUUACAGUUCAAUUAGAUCAAUUUAGGCUUAACGAAGAGGAAGGGAAUAAACCAAACGACUCUCAUAAUGAAGCUGAUAAUGAGUGGGAUGCUGUCGAUCAUAUCUCUAACUUGCCCAAGUCAGAUAAUGACAUAGAUAAUCAAGCAAGUCCAAAACAGUGUCAUGAUAAUAAUAACAAUAAUGCGAAAUCUAAGAGUCAAUCAGCACCGGAAACAAAGAAGAAUGUACAAAAGACGACAAAAAUUAAUACCAAAAAGUUGAAUGAGCAGAAGAUUAAAAAGCAACCAGGCAAUUCUUUAAAAGAACCUUCUAAUAUUUCGAAACAGGGUUCUAAAUCUAAGGAUGAUUUGCUGGAUUUAUGUAAUGAUGAAAAUAAAACAUCAACUUCUACUGCAGAGUCGAAAAAGAUAUCUGUUGCAAUAAGUCCUAAGUUUAUUGAUAAAUAUAGUAAUAAAGUUAAUGGAUAUAAUAAACAGUUGAUUAUUGGAAAAGGAACACGAACGAAGGAGCAACAAGUUUUUAAACCACAUUUUUCUACAUUUAAUGAUAGUGGUAAUAGUAGCAAAUCCUUCGUAGAAGGAUCUGAUGACAAAACUAAAUGUAUUACUACGAAAUUAAAAGUAUCUAGAAAUGAAUCAGAUAAAAAAGCCAGUGAACUAGAUGAUACAAAAAGGUGUCAUAAAGUUCAAGUGACGCGUACUCAGUCGUAUAAUGUUCAAUAUAACAGAACUAAACCAUUAAUAAAGACACAGCAACGAUAUGUAAAGAAUGUAAACAAACCGGAUGAAGCUACCUCUAUUAAAAGUACAUCCGGCUUUAAUACCACCGCGUCUACUUCAACUGAGAAUUCGUCUAAAAAGAGAUGUGAAAAUCAACAAAGCGUAAUGAAUAAACAAAUUAGCGAUACGCACUCGACCCACAAUAUUUUGGGAAAGAGUAUUAAAAGUCCAAUUGUUCCAGACUGCAGUACAAGUGAAAGAAGCUCUGCAAAGUCGAGUUCUGUACCAUGUAAACGAAAUUACCAAAAUUUAAGUAACACAAAACAUACUGUUGAAAGGAAUGUCAAAGAUGAUCAAACGCAUAGUCAGAAAUUCAAGAGGGAUUCUAAUAUUUACAGACGUUCUUCGUCUGCUGUCCCGGCAUUCUUAAAAGAUUUAAGUGGACAAGCAAAACCAGAGGAUCACAAAAAGAAUGUUACCGAUAACAAUUCAUCAAAGGAUUAUAAAGUGAAACCGAUUAGCACGGUAGCUAAAGUACAUUGUGAAUCUGAAGGCUCGAAAGUAUCUGUACAUCCGCAUAAGACAAGUAACGGUGCUAGUAAUACAAACAAGACUGAUACAAUAGAUUCACUUACUCUAAAUAAUGUACAGUCUGUAAAAUCAUUAAAUUCUUGUUCAAACAAUACCAAAGAUUCCGCGACUGUAAAUGUGUCACAAGAAUUACAAGUUUCUCAAGUCUCUUGUAAUAAAACAGAAGUACAAUUCGUGAAGACUGAACAAGAAGAUACUAGUAAUAAUAAUAGCAAUAAUAAAACAAGUACUAGUAAUUCAGAUACCAAAUCAGUUAAAUUCUCAGAUAACGUUCAAGAGAUUAACGUGACGCAUCGGUCAACACCAUCGCAUUCCGAUAAUCCGAUUCAUCAAAAUAAGAUAAAUCCAAUUAAUUCGUUUUAUUCCAAUUUACAAGAUACAUCUAACACGAGUAAUGCUCAACAAAUGGAAAAUCAUGAAAGCGUACAAAAUAAGAGUUAUUUCGAUAAUAAUAAUGCUCAAUAUAGUAAUACAAAUAUCAACAUACAACCUACCGAAAGAGAUUUACAUCUGCUAGACGUAGUGCAACAAAAACCUGAACAAACUUCGCAUAUGUCUCCACAGAAUGUAUUGCCACAGAACAAUGGUAGCGCUGCAACAAUUGCAAUGGGAAAUAGUAUACCUUAUCAAAGUAUGCCUGCUAUGUAUUUAAGUCAGUAUAAUAAUACGCAAAAUGUACCAAGGAAAACGGCCGACAGUACAAUCAUUUCUCAGAAUGCGUUAAUUUCAAGUACCUCUUCUUAUAACGUAGAAAGUCAGAACGUUUCACAUAACGAUACUUCCAACGUUCUGAUGCAUAAUACUCAAACAUCUGUUUUACCACCGCCUGGUUUUCAUAAUCAUCCUAUAACUACUCAACAUAAUCAAUGGAAUUUACCGUUUCCAGAUAUGUUUCUUUUUGGAAAUGUGAUGAACUCACCUCCUCCUAUGAACAUGCCGAUACAAAACUCCAGACACGUGUGCAGCACGGAUUUCAACAACAUGCAACAAACUGGCUACCUGCAGCAACCAAUGUUCUACGUUCCACCGAUGUGUAUGCAGAGCUGGAAUCCGUUACUACAGUACCCACCGCCUUUGUUUCAAAAUCCUACAUAUGCUAAUUGUAACACGUAUCCUAAUCAAGUAUUAUCAUCAAAUAAUUUAGUAGAUUCUGUUAAUUGUCCCGUUACAACGUCUGUACACAACAACACGUACAAACAUUUUCAGCCAGUCCAGCAGAUUGAGAAUCCUCCAAAUUUCUCUGUGCCUGUGAAACUCGACAAUUACGUAGGAAACAUGCAGGGGUGCAAGUCGAACAACGUCAGAAUGAAAGAUAACCAGAUGGAUGCUCACAUGAGGGCUAAUCAGUAUCGAGCUCCGGUGCCAAACGAUUACCAAAAUUGUUCACCAGAUGGUCAGCAACUGAUGUUACCAUUCUCCUAUGGAAUCGCGAUGGAUUCGAUGGCAAGAAAUUGUCCAUCUAACAUGCACGUACAUAUGAGUCAGAAGUAUGCACCGCAUGCCCUAACUACCGCUAAUUAUCAGAGAAUGCCAGAUACAUGUUCAGCAUACCAAAACAAUCAGGACUUAAACAAUAGAAAGGAUGACGUAUCGAAAAACGAUUCGGAGUGUAUACCACCGAUGGUAUCGCCAAGGGAGUGUAUGUAUUACGGAGUUAAUUACUCCCGCAAGAGUGAUAACGUACAGAACUCAUCCAUGCGAUCGGAUGUGAAACCCGUUGCUUACAAUAUCCAUUCGGUAAACACUCAACAUUACGUUCCGCAAUUUCAAAGGAACACCUCUUACCAGAACGCGUCACCGAAAGAACUUACAUCCAGGGUAACCAUAGGUCGUGGUAUACGGAAAACGAUGGAUCAGUAAGCGUAAAAUAGCGACGAAACUACAUCUAUAUUUGUUGUUUUUUAUAGAUCAUUGCAAUUCAGUGGUACAAAAACCGUUACACUUACAAUUAUUCAUCUGUUCGUAUCAUCAUCUUUAAUCUUUAUAUAUGUACGUAUAUUGCAGAAUUAAUUCAUGUAUUUAGUUUUCUUUCUGUUUAAUUAAUCUAGAAUCUACUUAUAUAUAUAGAUACACACAAAAAUAUCAUGUACAUCGUGUUAGAUGUUUCGCAUUACUAGAGAUAGUUUCUAAAGUUGAAAAAGAUGUAAAAGAAAAUUGAUACGAUACUGCCAUUCGUCGGAAAUAUUAUUACAAUUAGCUUUUUCUGGUUUCCUAUCAUAACAGUGUGAAAGUAGCGAAUCUAUUUUCUAGAUUUUCUUCAGGCAUUUAUAUCCACAUUGCUAUAGAGAUCGAUGUUACUCGUUACUUGGAUUCUAUGUACUUUUUGAAUAACGAAUACUCGAGUACUCGUUCCGAGGUGUUUCGCGAUGCUUAAGAAACGCGAAACGGCAACGCACGAUAUUUAAGUGCAAAAAUUCUCGAGAGAACACUUUUUUAAGUUCCUAUGAUCGAAAGUAUUACGACCACUUAGCAUUUAGUUCGCGUUACGAAAAUUUUCCUUUCGUUUUUCCUUUUCUUUAAAAAAUUAUUGAAACGAGAAAAAAAAAAAUGUUGCGUGUUAAGUAUAAGCAAUUCAUAGCGUCGAAUCAUUUGAUUUUUAUGACUUAACGUCGAUAACAUGAUUUUCUUUACAUUUGUUCAAUUUUCUUCCUUUUAUUUGUUUAUGUUUCAUUUAGAGGCAAAGAAUUUUUAUAUAACGUAUAUAUUCGAGCGUAACGAUUUAUUUUUGUUUAAAUAUUACUUAUAUUGUUAAGAAAUAUCAUAUAGUUUAUUUUUCGAGGACUUACAAGUUUUUACAAAAUAAAACGUAAACUUGCCGUAA